AUGGAGAGAAUGCAGAAGAAACUACAGCAUCAGCUGAUUGGAAAUGCCCCAAAUGUAGAGGAAUCUGUAAUUGCAGCUUUUGCAUGUAAGUGUUGUUGUCGAUCUGAUAUAUUGGAAAACAACACACCAGAUGUAGCGGUUACUAGACUAUUUGCAUCUGCAAAGAAAGAUACUUCUCAAUAUGGCGAUUAUGGAGCUUUCGCUAACUGCUUGCAACAGUUGCCACCUGAAGGACAAAUUCGGGCAACUGCUGCUGAAGUCCAAACUCUGCUAGUUUAUAGGGGAUUGACUUAG